GGUGGCUUCACGAUUCUGUGGGUGCCGCCUUACUAUGAGGAGAGGUUGGGGCUUGGUCGAUCCGUCUAUGGUUUGGCCGAAGAAAAGUAGAUAAUGGCGAGACUAGUAAACGAAGAUGGGUGUGGACCUGAAGCAGGGUCGUCAAUGCACCGGGAGAAGGGAAGGACCGAGGCGAGGUGGGGUCCACAACACGCAGGUGCUCGGGAACUUGCGAAUUUAUAUUCGCCAGGUAAAAGAUGCCAGGAAUGGAUAAGUGUCAUCCUCUGCUUCUCUCUAAUGGCCUUCAACCUCCUGCACCUCAUUGCUAACUUCCACCUUGGCCAUGUGUGGUUCAUCCUGUUGGCUGUUGCGGCCGGAAUACUGACGGCAGACUUUGCAUCAGGCCUUGUUCACUGGGGAGCUGAUUCAUGGGGAUCAGUAGAACUCCCCAUAUUUGGAAAGGCCUUUAUAAGACCAUUUAGGGAGCACCAUAUCGAUCCCACUGGCAUCACACGUCAUGACUUCAUUGAGACCAAUGGCGAUAAUUGUAUGCUGACCAUAUUUCCUCUAGCAAGUAUGGCCAUCAGUUUCCUCACCUUGUCCCCUGCGGAGGUGUACCACAACUACCCCUGGUACUGCUAUGUGUUUGCAAUCGCCAUCUUUGUGACCCUCACCAACCAGAUCCACAAGUGGUCGCACACAUACUUUGGCCUGCCUGGUUGGGUGGUGUUUCUGCAGGACUGCCACAUCAUUCUUCCUCGAAAGCACCACCGCAUCCACCACGUCUCUCCGCACGAGACAUACUUCUGCAUCACGACAGGAUGGCUCAACUAUCCUCUGGAGAGGCUGGGCUUCUGGCGCUACCUGGAGGAUCUCAUCCAGAGUGCGACGGGGGUGAAGCCGCGGACGGAUGACUUGAAAUGGGCACAUAAAGUUAACUAGCGACGCAGGCUCACCACACGCUACCUCAGAACAUGAUGGCCUGUACCAAACAUCCCUUCUUCUUUCUUUUCGUUUGACUAACCUAAGAUGUAAUCAAUUGAAGGAAAGCUUGACCACAAAUCUUCAUAGCCAGAGCCAUACUCAUUCUUUUCGUGCACACUCUGUCCAGGUUAUAGAAGAGAUUGAUUCAUUGGUUGAAUGAUCCGAGGGAUUUUGCCAUUACUAAUUGUGCCGACUCCACAACCCAGCAAGCUCCACAAUGCCAGUCAAAUCCAACCAAGCUAGGCCAUCUGUCAGGCUACUCAUGCUUCUUAAACAUGAUGACAAUGUUACAACCUUGCUUUAAUUAAUCAUGUUAUUGGCAAAUGGCAUGCUCAAUAAGCUUGCUCUGGAAGCUCAAUAGGAGUUUGAUUAAAAAAUAUUUAUAUUGCUCUGCAGUAAGAUAUUUUGGUAUAAAUCACUUGCAUUGAUAUGUGUAAGAAUGAGUUGAAUCCAAACAGCUUUCUGUACGGAAGCAGCUUUCAAUGUGAUUGCACCAUUUUUAUACUUAAAUGUAGUUUUAAGACAAACUUCAUGCACAAAAACAUGUCAUAUCGGUCAAACUUUAUUUCUUCACAGAAUAUACAAUUGCCUUCAUUUUAACUUGAAUAAUACUUUUGGAACCAUCGCUAUUUAUAUCAGUCCGGCCCUACUGUACUUUGAGGAUGAUGUUUCUUAGAAAGGACUUUUAUUAAUGCUUUUUCAAAUCGGUUAUUCUUCUGGUACACUCGGCUGGCACGAUAGAGGCUCUUGUCGUUUUAUUCACUAGCCUUAAUACCAUAGAUGCAGUAAUCGAGUAUCCUUUUUUUCAACCCCCUAGGGAUGGCUUUGCUAAGAUUCCCAAAGGUCUUUGUUUAUUGCAAGAACCUAAGAAGAAGGAAAAUGGAACAUAACUUGAAGUUAUGAUCAAUUUGGUCAUUGAUAAAAACACUUGGAAAUGUAUACUUAAUUAUAAAAAUCCUGUUGAUUAUUCAGACAAUGUUUAUCUCCUUGGACGCACUUAAUUUGAGUACUAUUGAUUUGAUUGGCUUACAGAAUAUUGAAACCAUUGGUAGAUGUAUGUCAUGCAAAAGUUUAACUGCAUUAUAGAGGUAACUGGAGUUUAACAAAUAUUGGCUUUGUUCAAUGCAUGACCAACUAUUGUAUCUAAUCAAAUUUAUGACACCUCUUAAGAUGAGUUUAAGCGUGCAUACUUAAAGCAUGUUGAUUCAUGAAAGCAAGUUCUGGUAUUCUGGUUUAAACACUAAGUGACUGGAUUCUAGUACAAGUAGUUCACUUGUUCAAAAUAUGUUAGACUGACCAAAUCGUCCCAAAUGUCAACAACCAAAAUGUUAUUUUCAUUCCAGUGAUCUCAAACAUAUGUUUGUUUCUAAUGGGAGCAGAACUCCUAACCUUUUUUAGUGGGGUUUAGCAGAUUGAACGGGAUAUCUUCUUGGGAAUUUUAGCGAACGGCAACAUUUAUUUAUGAUGGAAACUAUUUUGUUUCAAAGACGAUAGCUUUUUAUGAUAGGAUGUGUCUGCUUUUGAAUCCUUUGUACUUGAUAUUUUUGUAUUGAUUCAAAGUAGUUAAUGCAAUGACUGUUAAGUAGCCGAAAUACUACUUGUCAACGAUACACGAUUUUUGAAGGACAGUUAAGUGUGGUAUAUGUUGAUAUGAUGAUGAGGUUGACAUUUUAUGUCUUUUGAGUCUGAAGUCAUAGUUAAAUGUGGAAUCUUGCAGUUUCUUGCACUGCCCAUCUAAAUAGUAUAUAUGUUUUGAGCUGCGUGUGCUUGAUUUUCAACAUGGAAUAUUAACAUUCUAAAAUUUAGUAUUCACCCACAGCUUUGGCCUUAUCGGGCCUACUUGUCAAUUAUUUCCGGAGAGGUCAAGCAAUUUGCAUUAACCCAACACUUAUUUAUGUAAAUACUUUCAAGAAUAAUACAAAAGUAGGAUUUUAAGGUAUUAAAGACAAUAAACAAUUUUCACCAAAAAAAAGAAGUAAACACUUAUGUAUUAACUAGUAACUCCUUCUCUCAGAAGGAUCCCUGAAAAUCUGCUGUCAAAUGGCGUCAUUUAAUUGAAACUUUUCUGUCUCAUAGUGCAUAUACUGCUGAUAUUUAGAAAGGGAGAAGUGGGUUUAUUGCAACGCAUUUUUAUUAAAGAUAUAUGCAAUAAUAAAAUAUAAGAUUACAUUUUUCCUUAGGGCUGUUUGUUAACUGCUUCAAGAUACUGGAUUUCAUUAGUUUUAUUAGUGAAUAGUCAACGCUUGUUAAAUCCGUCUUGCUAUGAAUGUUAUACUUUUUAUUAUAUUGCCUUAUCAUUUUCUUAAUUGAUUACUUGCAAUCGAUGCACCAAUUAAGGAAGCACUUUUGACUCCACUCACGGCUUGCUUUAUUUCCUCUGCUUCGCAAACCAUCGAUGUCUGCUGCUUGGUGGUAAUGUUUGAAUUGUAAGUCCUAACGAAUGCCAUGAUGCCUUUUUGUUGUCUUCCAUUUGGGAGACGUACACAUAUGUAUAUUAACCUAUUUAUAAAAUGAUACAAAAACGGAAUAAACCUUAACAACAUAC